AUGGCUGUGGCAACAAGCACGACCAAUAUCGCACUCGGCACAGAUACUGGUGGAUCAGUCAGGUUGCCGGCUGCUUAUACAGGAAUUGCGGGGUUCAAGCCUUCGUAUGGCAUUGUAUCUCGCUUUGGCGUGGUGCCUUACGCAAAUUCACUUGAUACCGUGGGUUUUAUAGCACGCAGUGCAAACCGGAUACAGAAUUUCUUUGACAGGGUGAGCAAUUUUGAUCACCGGGAUCCUACGAGUCUCAGGUCCGCUAGUCGAGCGCGAAUCAAGGAACAGCGAAUGGAAUUCAUUGGAAAGACAAAGGCCUCUGCUACGCAUGAUCCAUUUUAUCUUAGAGAGCUGAAAAUUGGGGUGCCAAUAGAAUACAAUAUUUCAGAAUUGGACCUAGAAGUUUCAUGGGCGUGGCAACGAAUUUUAGAACUUCUUCAGCGUCAAGGAUGUACGAUUGUUCCAAUAUCACUUCCUAACACAAAGCAUGCUCUAUCGGCAUAUUACGUACUAGCAGCAGCCGAAGCAUCUUCCAAUCUUGCGAAAUACGAUGGAGUAAGGUAUGGCACUCGAGAAAAGCCAACUGACGGGGUUGGAGAUGUCCUCUAUUCGGAGACUAGGGGCGCUGGAUUUGGAGACGAAGUGAAAAGGCGAAUUCUUCUUGGGUCCUAUUCACUGAGCUCCGAGGCUUUUGACAACUACUUUAUCAAGGCACAAAAGGUUCGACGAUUGGUACAGAGAGAUUUUGACCGUGUCUUCUCCAUGCCAAAUUAUCUACAGCCAGAAGAGCAGUUCGAUCUCAGUGAUAUGGAAGAAGGCAUUCCCCUCGAGGACAAAUUGGGCCCUGCAGAAGUGGAUAUUAUUCUUUGCCCAACAGCUCCUACUCUUUCACCAACCGUGCAAGACGUUACUGAGCGCCAAACACCGGUUGAUGCUUACAUGAAUGAUAUCUUUACUGUGCCUGCUAGUCUUGCUGGCAUACCUUCCAUAAGCAUACCAUGUAAACUUCCAUUCAAGUUUUCCAAGAAGAGUGUACCUUCAACUGUUGGCAUACAAAUUAUGGGUCAGCACUCAGAUGAUGGGCGCACCUUACAGAUUGCGUCCAUGAUAGAAAUGGUAUGGGCUUCUCAAGUAUACGAUGGGUGGAGCAAAGAAUUCCACAAGUGGCAGCAAAGGAGCAUGGAAGAUUCGAAUGCAGAGAUAACAACCUUAUCGACAGAGCUCAGGAAUGCAGUGGCAAACAUGAAAGGAACGGAUUCGUUGGAGAUUGAUGCCGCUUCCGAGAAGGUGCGCAUGCUCAAAAAAAAGCGCAUCGAGAAGAAAAAGCAACGCCGGUUAAAAUUAAUGGAGUAUUUAAGGCAAAUGUGUGAAGAAGACAUGGAUAAAUGGGAAAAAUUAAGGUUUGGGGAGAAGAGAUCGACUCUAACAGCAAAUAAGGCAUAA